AUGACAGAAGCUGAAAGAAUAUUGGCCCUCAGUCCCCGGCAGCCCUUAAAUGGGCAGAGGGUGCUAAGAAUAUCCGGUUUUGCAGGGAGAGGUGAAAUGCCUAACUCCACUCAAAUUCAAGCCGUUAAAGUCGGCAGCCUUAAUGUUGGCACAAUGUCAGGAAAGGGGAGGGAGGUUGUGGAUCUCAUGGAGAGAAGAAAGUUGGAGGUACUUUGCCUACAGGAAACACGAUGGAGGGGGAAUAAGGCCCGAGAGCUGGGGAGAGGCUUUAAGCUUUUCUACAGUGGAGCAGAUGGAAGAGGAAGGAAUGGAGUUGGAAUAAUCCUGAGUCCCAAUCAUAAAGAAAACGUCAUCAGUGUCUGGAGAAAGAAUGACCGAAUAAUGUUGAUUAAACUAAUUAUCGGAAAUACAAUCAUUAAUAUAAUGAGUGUAUAUGCACCACCACAGUAG